AUGGCGUCGUCCGCCGUGCCCCGCCACGCCGCAGGCGCGCGGACGUUGUCAGGGAGCGUCAAGAUGGCGGCGCUAGCGCUGGGCGCAGCAGGCGCCGCAAUAAACGGCGGAAUUUCCGCCGUCGUUGGCGCUGGCAGCCGCGCGGGGGGAUCGGCGGGGGCGGGGGAAGCCGCCGAUGGGCAGGCGUCGAGCCCCAAAGGCGGCUUCCGCGGCGCUGGCAGUCCGCGCGCGCAUGGCGGACUGUUUCCGCGACAGGCGGCAGUGAACUACCUCUGCCUCAUGCUGCCCUUCCUCGCCCUCUCCACUCUCCAGCUGUACCUGAUGUGGUUACCGGAGCUGGGGCCCAUGCGGUUACCACAGGACGACUUCGUGGGCAGCAAAUCGACCAAGAGCAGGGCGCACCAGUUCAACUACCGAACACUGCUGGCCCACACAGCCAGUGACGUCCUCUCCUUGCACAAGCUUCUGGAGCAGAGCAGGAAGGAGCUGAAGGGUCAAGUAGCACAGGGGGUGGAGAAGAUGGGGUUGGAGAUGCUGCAGACGAAGCAGGACAGUGCACGGGCCGCUGCUGACGUGGCGGACUGGUGGCAGCACGAGCAGGGCAGGCUGAAAGCCAUGAGCCAGGACGUCGGGCAGCUGAAAGAUAUUGUCGGGCAGCACGCAAGGAAGCUGGAGGCGCAAGUGCGAGCGAUGCAGGAAGCCUCUGGAAGCAACGAGGUGCAGCAGAGGGAUGGCAGGGAUGGUUUCCCCUUGGGUGAGGGUGGGGAUAAAGAGGGCGACGAGGAGGGGGAGUUGGCACAGCCGGAGCAGUGGCAGAAGGGGCGGCAGGAGCCGCUGAAGCACUUCUGGGUGGCGGAUGAAAGGCCCUCACAGUGGAAGCAACGGGCCUUCCAGCGGCACGGGUCGUUCGGAUUCAUCAAGUUCAGUGCCUCCCGGGUAAAUGCGUCUACGGUGGCAGUGCUGGGGCUGGCGUCUCUCCCCAUGCACCACGGCCGCCGCUUCUCCUCCUGCCGCUGGCACACCAAUGCUGCUGCUUCUCCUCUCCUGCGUCCUUCCCGUGCCCCAAUCCACGUCCCUCCUCCACCCCCUCCCCAGCGCCUACCGAGUGAAUGCAUCAACGGUGGCAGUGCUGGGGCUAGCAUCACUCCCCAUGCACCAGGGCCACCGCUUCACCUCCUGCCGCUGGCACGCCUCCUCCCCUGCUGCUGCUGCUGCUGCUGA